AUGGCUCAACCGAGCCAGGCCGUCACCCGGACGCCCGCCCAAAUACCGUCUACCCUAUCACACAGCUACGGCCUCAGCCCAGUUACCGCACUCGCCUUUUACGGUCUCUCAUCCCAGGAUGACAAAGACCGGAUACUGCUCCUCGCAGGGGAAGAUACCUGGCUCAAGGUGUACGACGUAUCGCCAGCAGCGGGACCGUCACGGUUAGUUGGAAAGAUCAAGGUGUUUGAGGCGCAGGCUGUGCAUGGGAUUUAUGUUUAUGAGGCGUCUUCUGGAUCGGAGUCAGGGCGUGGAUGCCCGGUGUUGGUAUGGGGCGGUCAGUCGGUUGCUGUGCUCCCGGCGGGGGAUGUGCUAGGUCUUAUUGAGGGUGUUUUGAGUGGGGAGCAGCGGGAGGAUGUUGAAGCGGCAGAGGGAAAGGAGGUACUCAGCCCGGUGGAAUACCACGCGCCGGACUGGAUCUACGACGGGAUUCUUUACCAUGAGCAGUCUCAAUCCCAGUCCGAGGAGGACACACAGCAGCUCUCCGGCGCGCUAGUCACAGCGCACAAUGGGAUCCUGCCCUUUUCCUUCUGGUACUCGGGGGACCCAGAGCAGCAGCAACAACCGGAUAGGGGGCAGACACUAACCUUCGGCCCGGUAACCUCCCCCUCCCGACCGAUCCUCUACUCGGCCAACCUGGCGCUUCUCGACCCUUCGACGCUGCUGGUUGCGGCCGGCACGGUAUUUGGAGAGAUUGCCGUGUGGAAGUACUUUAUUCCUGGUCUCGACGGCGGUAAUGAGCGUGGGAGGGAACGGUAUGAAGUCCUCUACGUUCUGACAGGCCAUGAAGGGUCGAUUUUCGGGGUGAGUAUCUCGCCUGAGAUGGUACUGCCUGUAGCAGGUACCGGCUUGGAUGGGGAGAGGAAAGAAGAGACGGUGCGGUUGUUGGCGACCUGCAGUGAUGAUCGGACGGUGCGGGUGUGGGAUAUCACGGAGCGGGAGUCAGCGAGAGAAUCUUCGUUUCAGGCUGGAUUGGAUGGGGCCAGGGAGACGGGGUUUGGUGGGGAUGAUGCUGGGGUUGGGCAUGUUCUUGAUAACGCAGAGAUAAAAGGGGAUGGAGACGACAAAGGGACCUCGCGGUGUGUGGCUGUGGCGAUGGGUCAUGUGUCGCGGAUCUGGCAUGUCAAGUUUGGGCGGGGGCCACCGCGAUCGGGCGGGCAGACGGUGGAGUUGUACUCGUUUGGGGAGGACUGCUCGCGGCAGAGGUGGGAGCUGGAGUUGGAGUUGGACGGAGGUUCAACAGAGUUGGGUGAAAAAGAAAAGAAAGGGGCAGAGAGGAUGCGAGGGCAACUGAGGCCCGGCGCGGCGAGUACGUGCCACGGCGGGAAGAACAUCUGGUCGGCGACGGUGCUGUGGAGGGAGGACAACGAGCCGCUGGCUGCGUCGGGCGGUGCGGAUGGCAAAAUUGUGGUGUCGGGGCGGGCUGGGCCAAGGGAUACUGCGACGAUGUACGAAGACUUGGAUCUCAGCCUGACUCUGGACGACGUUCUCCAGAGCAUUUCGGGGAAUAGUCCCGGAGAGGGGGCCAGGAAAAAGACAAAAGAGUCGUUCCAGCGGUACGCCUUCCUAUCGGACUCGGUCCUGGCCGCGACGGCUGCAGGGCGGCUGUUCCUGGCGACUAUGGGCGCGCCGCUUGUCUGGGAGGAAGUCCCGGUGCCCGAGGCCAUUGUGGCGGACCUCCGGUCAUACAACGUCAUCAAGAGCCCGGCUAAGGACACGCUUGUCCUCGGCAGCGCGACCGGCAGGGUGUAUGUGUAUGAGCACGGGGCCGAGAGAGGGCAAGUGCGUGAGGUAGCCAGUCUCGGGACCAAGAUCUCCGACAUCCUGCUCCUUGCGCCGGCGGACUACGGACACCCCCAAAACCAAAGACAACCGUGGGAGGUAGUCCUAAACAUGCUAGGAUGGGACCACGCCGUCUUUCUACACUUCAACCCGUCCACCAGCACGGCCUCGAUCGAUUCGGACACAAUCAAGUUGCCCCGGCAGUACAUCAUGACCUCGGCCCUUCUCUGCCGAGGUACGCUCCUCACGGGAUCGCGGACGGGCGCCCUAACGGUCUACGCGCGCGGCGAUACGACGGCGGGCCACUACGACCCGCAGGCCUCGCGCAGGGAUGGCAAGACUAAGGACGCCGUCACCGCGAUUGUCCCGAUCCCUGGGGUCCCAGAGGGGGGGUCGUUGCUGUUUCUCACCACCUGCCGCGAUGGCAAGUGCCGGAUUUACUCUCUUGAUGUCGACAGCAGCACCCUGCACCUCUUGCACGAAAUCGCACCACCCCUCAACACCCUCGAAUCUGCCUUCUUCACCCGGCCUCUCCCUCAAGAUUCCCACAACCCCCCAGACAACAACCAAGAAAAGAAACACAAAAGCCAGCUCAUCCUCCACGGCUUCCACGGCCCGCACUUCCUAACCUACAACGACACCACCCGCACCGUUCUCUCACGCGUUCCCUGCGGCGGCGCCCACCGGCCCUUUGCCACCGUCUCGCGCGCGUCAGAUCCAGGCCAGACCCGGUUUGUGUUCUCCCAGGCUGGGACACUCAGGGUGGUGUCUCAGGGAAGCGUGCAGGAGAGCGUGGUAAAGACCGGGGGGCAUGGGAGGGAGAUUAAGGCUGUUGCUGGGAGUUGGGUCGCGGAGUCGGAGUCUAAGUCUGGGGCUGGGUCGGUUUCUAGGGGUCGAGGGGAGAGAGAGGAAGAGAAAGAAGUGUUGGUAGCGACAGCGGCAGAGGAUACCACGAUCCGGAUCUGGAAACAGGAUGCAUCCUCCUCCUCUUCCUCAAGCGAAUUGGUCCCGCUCGCCAUUCUCCAAGGCCACUCGGCUGGUAUUCAGGCCCUGCGCUUCUUUUCUUUUCCCGACUCCUCCUCUUUAUCUCCGAGAAACCCACCCUCAACAAACACACGUUCGAGAAACACAAGAAACACCCCCUCUUACCUACUCAGCAGCGCAGGCAGCGAAGAGCUCUUCCUCUGGCGUCUCUCGCGCUUGGGGUCUGACUCCUACGACCCCCUGGCCGUGAUGCGUGAGGCUGUCUGGGACGACCGCAGCGCUGACUGUGAUUUGCGGGUUGUCGAUUUUGAUGUUGCCGCGUGGCAUGAUGAUGAUGCUUGCGGAGAUGACAAGAACGACAAGGACAUAGAAGGGAAGACGGAGAGUCCAGCCCUGCUCAUAACCAUGGUCCUGUCGGAUUCCAGCAUCCGGAGUUAUGUGUACCGUCCUCCUGUCGAGGACACCACUACCAAACCCACCACCUCCUCCGCCUCCACAACCAGCACGCCCUCCUCCAACAGUACUAGCACCCACCAGAAAAAACCACCCCUCUUCCAACGCCUCGCAGUCGGCCGGUACACAGGCGCCUGUCCCACACAGGUCCGCCAUCUACGAGUGGACAGCGCAGGUGCAGGAAGAGAGAUACAUGCCCUGACGGCGUUUACGGAUGGGCAUGUGGCUGUGUGGAGGGCCGGUUUUGGUCCUAGGGGGGCGGUGGGAACAGAGAGGGGAACAGAACAAGGGGAAACAGAAAAAGGGGAGGAAGAAGAAGAAGAAGCAGCAAAAUUCCACCUCGCGCUGGUCGUCCGCCUACACCAGAGUAGUAUCAAAAGUCUCGACUUGGCCGUGACGCGGUCUACUCGGGCGGUGGCUGGAGGGGCAUUGAGGUGGGUGAUUGCUACGGGGGGGGAUGAUAAUGCGCUUGGGUUGGUUGAGUUGGUGUUCCGGCCCUCGUCUUCUUCUGUGGUGCAGAGAACAGAAGGGGAAGAAAAAGAGGAAUCCGGCAGUGUGAAAGGGGGGUAUGCGGUUGUCGGUCGGUAUCGUGUUCGCGACGCACAUGCUGCAGGCAUCACGGGGGUUUCUCUUACUGUUGUGCGCGCGGCACCACGGCUUGGUUAUGGGUCCGGGGGGUCUGGAUCUGAUUUGGGAGGAGAAGCAGAAACAGACCCAGAAACAGAAACAGAAACAGGGGCAGAAACCCACCUCGAAAUCACCACAGCCAGCAACGACCAGCGGGUGAAGCUGUGGCGGGUGCUGCAGCAUGCAAACAACAACACCGGACGAGGAGUGCAAAUACAACUACUGCAAAACCGGUACAGCGCUGUAGCCGACGCGGGCUGUCUCGAGAGGAUUGCACCAGGGAAGUUGAUGGUGGGGGGUGUGGGGGUUGAGGUUUGGAAUGUUGAGGGGGACAUAUGA